AGAAAUUUCACUUAUUUUGAAAGCCAACAUCCUUAAAGACCAUGGAAUCGCAACUCGUUUCUACAUUCACUUACAUGCCUCUGGUCACUCCCUUUAUGAAUCCUUCACAGCAGAUGGAGGGUUACCAGGACGCCAGUAACACUCCACAAAUCGUCACUUAUCCAAAAAGAUAUAAUAGAUGGUCUGCUCGUCCUCAGUACUGGAUCAUUUUGGUCCAGGUUAACCCUGGUGAGAUCCUGACCAUAAAGGCUGAUGACGGGACUAUUCAAAAUAUUCACGGACCUGCUGAUGUACCUUUGAUGUCACCAAGUGGUACUUUACCGCCCAUUUAUCUACCACCUGGAUAUAUGUCCCAGGUGAUUGAAGAAAACGGAAUUCAGAAAAUCAUCGUUGUGCCCCAGAUUACUGACUACAACCUGCAGAUGCCUGCUACAACACACGGAUCUCAAUAUAUGACACAACCACCUAUUCUAUAUCCACCUGCUACUCAGAUGAUGUAUCCUCCAGCUCCAGGAGAAUAUCCAGUAACUUACUUCCAAGAACCUGUUGUGCAGCAGCUGCCACCACCAUUACCAACACUGCCACCGCUACCAGCUCUUCCACCAGCACCAACAACAUACACAUACCCAGAUUACCACGAAAGCUACUGUUAUGGAAGAGCAAAUUAUAAUGAAUUUGAUGAAAGACCUGUUAAGACAGGUGAAUAUAAGAAGAAAAUGAAAGACCGCCCAGGAGGACGCAAAAACAAAGCUACUAGCACUACUGCUAAUUACACUGUAGAGAGUGCUCCCCACGUCUACACUGUAGAUGAUGCUUGGAGCUCUUACACUGUGGAUGAUACGUUGAGCACUUGCAGUGACAACAGUACCUCAUGCACCUACACUGUUGUCAAUCCUACCAACACUGAUGUUCCUGAUGAAACCCCCAGCACUUCUGCUGAUGGUGCCCAUGACAUGGUCACCACUGACACUACUUUUUGUUCCAACACCACUGACAGCACUGAUUGUGCUUCCACAACUACCACCUCUGAUAGACUUGUAAGCUCAUCUGUAGUUGAGAAUCCUUCAGGCUCUUCCACCUCUGCCAGUGCUGCCAAUGUUUCCAUCUCCGAAAAUGUACCUAGUAUCAUUGAGAAUUCCCUCACUACUACCAGUGCUCCCAGCACUACCUGUGAUGAAUCCAGUGCUCCCAACGUAAUCAAUGAUGAGCCUACUGCUUCUAGCACAGCCGACAUUGAACCCAGUGCUUCAAGCCCAUCCAGUGCUGAGCCCAGUACUCUCAGUGCAACCAGUGCGGAGUCUACUGAUCUCCUCAAAUUCAGUGCUCCUUCUACUGAGCCCAGUGUUUCUCUUGUACUGAGUGAUCUCAGCACAACCAGUGCUGAGACAGAUGCUCCUAGCAGUGAGCCGAGUGCUCCCCUUACAUCCAGUGUUGAGCCUAGUACUUCCAGUGCUGAGCCUAGUGCUCCCCUUACAUCCAGUGUUGAGCUUAGUACUCCCAGCACAACCAGUGCUGAGCCUAGUGCUCCCCUUACAUCCAGUGUUGAGCUUAGUACUCCCAGCACAACCAGUGCUGAGCCUAGUGCUCCCCUUACAUCCAGUGUUGAGCCUAGUGCUCCCAGCACAACCAGUGCUGAGCCCAGUGCUCCCAGCACAUUCAGCACUGAGCUUUGUGCUCCCCUCGUAUUCAGUGUUGAGCCUACUUCUCUAAGCACAAUCAGUACCGAGUCUACUGAUCUCCUCACAUCCAGUGCUCCCAUCAUACCUAGCACUGAGCCUAGUGCUCCUAGCACACCCUGUUCUGAAUCCAGUGUACCUAGCACAUCCAGUGCUGAGUCUAGUACUCCUAGCACAUCCAGUGUUGAAUCCAGUGUACCUAGCACAUCCAAUGCUGAAUCCAGUGCUGAUCCUAGGGCUCCCAGCACUCCAAUUACUGAGCCCAGUGCUCCCAGCACAUCUAGUGCUGAAACCAGUACUUCUGGUGCAUCCAGUGCUGAGCCCAGUGCUCCUAACACCUCCAGCACCAAGUCCACUGCUCCCACUACAUCUGGAGCUGCUAGAGCUGGAACUAAUUAUGGAAAGAAUCAGCGACCAAGAAAUGGAGAAAACAAACAAAAAUCAACUGGAAAAAAAAAUCAGAGCCAAUCAUCUAGUGCAUCACUAAAAGAAUGCACUAAGCAACCUGAAAAAUCAUGUCGUUUCAACAUUGAGAAGCCCAUUGUUUCCGAUGUUCAAAACAGGUCUGCUAUAAUUACAUGGAGUCUGUGUGGCUAUGAUGAAAGUGAUGAUAUAAAACCUCCAGUAACAUUUGAACUGGCAAUGUCUACUACAGGAAAAAAUGGCAAAUUUAAAAAUACUUACACUGGUGACCAACUUUCAUUUACCCUACAUAAUCUACAACCGUCCAUGACCUAUUUUUUAAGAGUUGCGGCUAGAAGAGGCUCAAAUUAUAAAAUCGUGUCUGAAGUGGUUAAUUUCACAACACCAGGCUGUGAGCCGGACCGUCCACAUGCACCUAAGCUCAUUAAUCGAUCAAAAAGCACUCUGAAUUUGCAGUGGAAAGGCUCCAAUGAAAAUGGUUCCAAAAUUAACAGCUUUCUUCUAGAAUGGGAUGAGGGGAAAGGCGAAAAUUUCAAAAGUUGUUAUACAGGGACCAUGAAACAACAAAAGUUCCUAAAACUGACUGCUUCUACCAAAUACUCGUUCAGAUUAGCUGCCAGAAAUAACUUUGGCCUGAGUGAUUUCAGUGAAAUCGCAGCCUUUUACACAUCUGGGGCUAUACCUCCAACACCUUUGCCUCCUAAGCUAAAAGAAGCUGAUAUCUUUAGUUUGUCACUGGAAUGGUGUGCACCAGCCAGUAUAAACUCACAAAGCCAUCUCACUUAUGUGUUGGAAAUGGAGGAACCAGGAACUGGAUUAGGUUUUAAACCUACAUACAACGGCGAAGACUUCUCAUGUACUAUAACAAAUCUACAGAGGAGUACUACAUACAAGUUUAGGAUUUUUUCCUACAAUAUGGAAGGAAGAAGUAAUCCCAGUACUGAAGUAAAAUAUACCACCUGCCCGGACAAGCCUGGAGCUCCAACACAGCCAUUUGUAAAAGGAAAGAUUCACGCACACAAAGUGAAAAUUGGAUGGCAAUCGCCUAAAGAUAAUGGUGGAGCACACAUUUUAAGUUACACUUUAGAAGUUAAUGAUAAUUUGGAUAACUUGGUUCUUUUUCCUUCAGAAAAUGUUUGGAAUAUAAUCUACAAUGGUUCCAUCCGGGAAUUUUUGUAUGAUCAUCUGCAACCUGAUAAAAUAUAUAAACUAAGAGUAUUUUGCACUUCACCUGUAGGACAUAGCCAGCCUUCAGAUGAAUUGACUAUUCAAACACCUGCGCUUGCUCCCUCUAACCGUACGCAAUCUUCAAAUCAUAAAAACAAGUCCAAAGAAACAAGUUCUCGAUGUGGUAAUCCUCCUGCUACUAGCAAUUCUGAGGCACUUGUGCUUGCUAGAAACACAGGAAGUAACCAAGAUGGUGGCCCUGAACAUACAGACAGACUCAGACCCCAUCCUGUACCAUGUGAAAGUGCACCAGUGCUGCGUCCUCCUUCACAGUGUAGUACACCUGUGCUGACCUGCAAAGGUCCAACCUGUGUUAUUGUUAGCUGGACCAUUCCUGAAUGCAAUGGUGCUGAAAUCACUGAUUACAAACUAGAGUGGGGACAAACGGAAGAUUCAAUGCAAUUGAUUUACACUGGUACUUGUCUGCGAUAUGAAGUAAAAAGCCUCAUUCCUGCAACUACAUAUUUUUGCAGAGUUCAGGCUGUAAAUGUAGUUGGAGCCGGACAGUUUGGAGAAAGUGCUACUGUGACCACACUAGCAACUGUACCCUCAAUAGUACAGAAUUUACAAGAAGAUCCAAACAAAGUUCCUGAAAACUUAGCAUCAUCUUGCCUUGCUAUUAAAUGGGAGGAACCAAUUUGUAAUGGUUCUCCAGUUACUGGAUACAAUAUUGAAUAUGGAGAUAGAAGAAUUAUGGCUGUUGACACUGUAACAGAGUGUAUACUGAGAAAUCUACAACCAGACACCAUGUAUAAAAUUCGAAUUCAAGCAAUAAAUCAUUAUGGCCUAAGCCCUUUUAGUCAACCAAUAAGGAGCAAAACCAAACCACUUCUACUUGACCCUCCACCCCUUGAAUGUUCAAUUUUGGGGCAUCAGAGCCUCAAACUUAAAUGGGGCAACAAUGCAAACAGAAGAAUACUUUCCAGCUUUAUAAGCUAUAAUUUGUUCAUGAAAGAUCGAUCUGACAGAUUUUCUGUCAUUUACCAUGGACCUUGUCAGACUCACAGAGUACAGAGAUUGACUGAAUGCACUGAAUAUUCAUUUAAGAUCCAGGCAUGUAAUGAAGCUGGUGAAGGACCAGAAUCUGAUAUCUAUGUUUUUACUACCAAAAAAACCCCACCAGCCACACUUAAAGCUCCCAGAAUACAUCGGCUGAAAUACAAUGCCUGUGAGAUUAAAUGGGGGUCUUUGGAGCCCAUCAACGGAGAUCCUAUCGUUUAUAAUCUUCAAGUCAUUACCGAUAAAGGAACUGAACAGCUGUACAAAGGACCAAAUACUUCAUUUAAUUAUUCGAAUUUCAUCACAAAUACAAAUUAUCAAUUCAGAGUCUGUGCUGGGCGCCAGUAUAAAACUUCUGCUGGCAAACAAGAGCUCUGGGGACCAUACAGCCCUACCUCUAUUUUCUUAACUCCUAGAAACAGUAGAGGAAGAGGGGCUCAUGACCGCAGAGAUGAUCAUAAACUCCGGAUAGAGCUAAGUGAUGAAUCCUUUAUUUUCAUUCUUGUGAUAGGAUUUGCAACGGUUGCUCUUUUAUCUGCAGCCUCCAUCCAAACGUUCUUGAUAAGUUAAAUCUAUUUUUCUACAUCCUAUCCAUUAUAUAAACAAAUCCUAUUCAAUAAAGAAAUUGU